AUGGGUCGCGCCAGCAUCGUUCUGUGUGUUGAGGUCAAAUCUGAUGUCGAGUCGGAGCGGCUUCAACAGUGGGUGCAAAAUCUUCAGCAGGCCAUUCCAACUUGCACCUCCGUGUUCAGACUUCACGCCAGCGACAAGCACGAUUCCUUGAAACCGUAUAGAGACCAGUAUUUAAUCAAUCUGGAGGAUCCGGAAGCACUUACACAAGCCACGAUCGAACGACUUAUAUCUGAAGCAUCGACGCUGUUCUCUUCGUCGGAUUGGAACAUUUAUCACGAAAUUGCCCGGCGUUCAAGACCUGGGAUAGACAACAACGAAUAUCCACCAAUAGGAACAGAAUACGUGCAAGUUGGCAUGGAUCCUACCCUCGGCAGCACUCAAGACUAUCUCGAUUGGUUUGAACAGGAACACCAAGGCAUGCUCGCUAAAGUUCCCGGUUGGCGUGGCACUCGAAGAUAUAGGUUGGCUUCAAGGUACGGGAGCGGGAGAGAACAUGCAGCCCUGUUCGUCUCGGCCAGCGAAUACGACGUUGAGAACGGCUUGGGAGGUCCCAUCUGGCAAGCCUCUAUCGACACUCCAUGGACGGAGAGAGUGAGAGACAAUCUGGCUCAGGCAUAUCACCGGCGCACUUGGAAAUUCUUGCCACUAUAG